AAUCACUCAUUCUUUUGAAUCUCAAAAAUUGCAAAAAUCUGCAGAGACUUCCAGAUAGCAUUUGCAUGCUAAAAUGUCUGGUGACACUAAAUAUCUCUGGUUGCUCGAAUCUUGAAUAUGUUCCGAUGAAUCUAGAUAAAAUGGAUUCACUGAGAGAGCUUUAUGCUGAUGAAAUUGCAGUUCACCAAAUGAUUUCUACUCCAGAAGAUGUCCAACCGUGGUAUGGAUUUCUGCGGUCCUGGAUGCUGAAAGGGAAAAUUUGUCCUAAAGUUUCACAUAUUAGUUUACCUAAUUCCUUGGUUACUCUGAGUCUUGCCAACUGUAAUCUAUCCGAUGAUGCUUUUCCAGUUGCUUUCAGUAGCCUCUCCUUAUUGCAAAACUUAGAUUUGAGCGAAAAUCCAAUUUGCAGUCUACCAAAGGGCAUAAUUUAUCUCACCGGACUUCAGAAGCUAGAAGUGGAAGGCUGUGAAAAGCUCAGAUCGCUCAUAGGGCUUCCCAAUGUAGAACAUCUCAAUGUUACUAAUUGCUGGUUGUUAGAGAAAAUAUCAUAUCAAUCAAGAUCAUCUAGACUGAAGGAUUUGCUUGUGUCAAAUUGUGCUAAAUUAGUUGAAAUAGAUGGAAAUUUCAAGUUAGAACCCUUAAGAAAUACAGAGGCAGAGAUGCUGUGCAAGUUGGGCUUGUCGAACUUGGCUUCUAUGGAUAAUAUCAUGAUCAAUCUUACGUCUAAUAUCCUGAGUUACUACAAAAUUCAUGGUAAAGGGUGGACUCCAACAAGGAAGACAAAGAAAGUUGUUCUUCAGGUACUGUACCAACCAGGUGUCUUUAGCACUUUUCUGCCAGGUGAACAUGUUCCUUCUUGGUUCAGCUCAAAAUACACGAAGGAAUCGCAUACUUCUUUCAAAGUACCUACUUGUAAUUCCAGAAUUGAAGGCUUGAGUUUUUGCAUUGUGUACAAGCGUUCCACGUUUGGUCUCAGUGUUCACCGGCCCCCACGCCUAACUCCACCUUCCAGAAUAGCUCCUCUUGCCAUGCGCAAAGCUCAAGGGGGACCCAUUCGAUAUCGGCCAGUGGAAAAUAAACCAUAUGAAUCAACUUUUGACUGCCCGUGCAUUAUAGUUAAUAACUUAACUCGGAGUUUGAAAUGGUCUUACCAGCCCUUGUUCUAUGGAGUUCCGGAAGGGAAACAAGGAAUGAUUUGGUUAAGCCAUUGGAAACUUGAGAAUCAGUUGGGCAGUGAUGAUAUUCUGGAAAUCACAGUUACCUCAGGAGAUGGAAUCACAAUUCUAGAGUUUGGGCUCAAAAUUCUGCAUGUUGAAGGGCCAAAAGUGCAGAUAAUAGAACCAAGUUGUGAAGAUGCUAGAGGAGAGAAAGAUAUUGUCAAUCCAUUUUGGGAUGUUGUUUUGGAAGAUGCUAGUUCAAAGAAUACUUGUUCUGUUCGGCUUCCUCCUACUUAUCGUCCCCUACGUGUUGCUCGUGAGCCAUUUCUGGAGAAGGCGCUCAAAAGAAAUAUGUCAGAAUAUAACUAGGGAACCUAUUAAGCAGCAAUUACAUUUAUUGUAUACCAUCUUCAAUAUACUCUGUGGACCUGCCUGUGCAAAUCCCUGCUGAGCUUUAUACUUGUAUCUACAAAUCUUGGAACUUUGGCAACAAAUACCCUGAUCUCAUGGAGCCAUUUCUGUCACAGCUAAACAUUGACGUCUCUUUGUUUUAACCAAGAAUUUCUCCAUACAUUAUGAGCUUACAUUUUUUGAGCUUUGGCUCCAAUUUCAAUUCAAUCAGUUUGGCCAUA